AUGGAAGUUAUAAAUCAAACAUCUGUCUCAGAAUUCAAUCUCUUGGGUCUGACAGAUGAUCCAGAACUGCAGCCCCUCAUCUUCAGCCUCUUCCUAUCUAUAUACUUGGUCACCAUCUUGGGGAACCUGCUCAUCAUCCUGGCUGUCAGCUCUGAGUCCGACCUGCACACCCCCAUGUACUUCUUACUCUCCAACCUGUCUUUUAGUGACAUCUGUUCCAGCACAAGCACAAUUCCAAAGAUGCUGAUGAACACUCAAAAACAGAGGCAGAGGAUCACCUACACAGGCUGCUUCACUCAGGCUGGUUUUGUCCUAGUUUUUGCAUUCUUAGAAAGUUUUCUCCUUGCAGUAAUGGCCUAUGACCGCUAUGCAGCCAUUUGCCAUCCCCUAAGGUACACAGUCAUCAUGAACCCACACUUCUGUGUUUUGCUUGUUCUGGUCUCCUUGUUAAUUAGCAUGGCAGACUCUCUGCUGCCCACUCUGAUGGCGCUUCACCAGAAUCUUUGGGAUUGUGGUGUUGCUUAUACAGAUGUCAGUGAAGGUAAGAUUUUAGAGGAAGAAGUACGUAGGGGUGUGGAGGUGAGAGUCAGAGCUGAUGGCCAUGAUGGUGAACAAGUUUCCAAGGAUGUUGACCAGGUACACAGACAGGAACAGGCUGAAGAUGAGGGGCUGCAGCUCUGUUUUAUCUUGAAGUCCAGUUCCCAAUGUUCUCCAGGAAUCGGUCCCCUAUAUUGGACCCCUGGGGGCCCAGUCACAGGAUUCAUGUUUACCUUGAGGGAGGUGGGGCAUCAUCUCAUCCUGUCCCGGGCCUUCCUGGCUAAUUCUCUGCUGACAAAAUGGGGCUGUAUAAUGGCCAUCAUCCUCUUUUCUCCCAGAACAGAAAUUGAGCCUUCACUGGACAGCAGAUAUAAGAAGGUAUUUGAAUCUCUUCUCAUUGGCUAUGACCCAGCAGAGAAACAGCAUCACCCAUGCUCAAACAACAUGGAAGGACAUAAUCUAACACAUGUCUCAGAGUUCUACCUCAUGUGCUUCUCAGAGGACUCAGACCUGCAGCCCAUUCUUUUUGGACUGUUUCUGACUAUGUACCUGGUCACAGUGCUCGGGAACCUGCUCAUCAUCCUGGCUGUUACCUCUGAUGUCCACCUCCACACCCCUAUGUACUUCUUCCUCUCCAACCUGUCCUUGGCUGACAUCUGUUUCACCUCCACUACAGUUCCAAAGUUGAUUGUGGACAUCUCAACUAACAGCAGGGUCAUCUCCUAUGAGGGCUGUCUUUCACAGGUUUCUCUUUUUAUCUUUUUUGCAUGUGUAGAUGACAUGCUUCUUACCGUGAUGGCCUAUGAUCGUUUUGUGGCCAUUUGCCAACCCCUGCAUUAUGCAGUCAUUAUGAACCCUCACCGCUGUGUCUUAUUAGUUUUGCUGUCAGUCUUAGUUAGCCUUUUGGAUUCUCAGAUUCACUAUUUAGUUGCCUUACGAAUUUCCUGUUUCAAAGAUGUGGAAAUUGCUAGUUUCUUUUGUAACCCUUCUCAACUCUAUGACCUUUCAUGCUCUGAUAUAUUAAUCAAAAACAUAGUCACAUAUAUGAUUGGUAUCCUAUUUGGUUGUUUUCCUAUGUCAGGGAUAAUUUUCUCCUAUUGUAAAAUUGUUUCUGCAAUCCUGAAAUCCCCAUCAUCUGAGGGGAGGUACAAAGCCUUUUCUACCUGUGGUUCUCACCUGUCAGUUGUUUGCUUAUUUUAUGGAACAAGCCUGGGAACGUAUCUUGGUUCAAGUGCAUUACAUACUUCCAAAGAAGCCAUGGUGGCCUCACUGAUGUACACUCUGGUCACCCCUAUGCUGAAUCCCUUCAUCUACAGCCUGAGGAACAGGGACAUUGAAAGCUCUUUAUGGAGACUCCACAGGAGAAUACUCCAGUCUCACAACGUCUUUCACCCCUGGAGAUGUGGAAAUGAGCACUCCAUGAGUAUUUCUUGUGGAGGUACACAAACUUUAUAA